AUGGACAUGGAUCCGAAUUGGGUACACCGGUGUCUUUCAGUGGAGGAGAAUAACUUUGAUUCCUCUAGGGUUCGUGACCCGGUUAAGUUGGAGUCGACUAGAAAGCAUUAUCGCGCUGGGCGUACAAGCGCGGAUUGCUGCUGGGCCGGCCGUGUAGAUGAUGAGCCUGCGGAGGAGGAUGACGGCGUGGAAGCAGAGCGUGAUGCGCACACCAACAUAUGCUGA